CCAAGGAAAAAGAGAAGAAUGUGCAUGCGAAGCAGAAGGGAAAGGUUGUUGGAAAGGCGAUUAAAAGUUGUAACAGAUGAAGAACAGGAAGAAUUUGGCGCAAUUCUGAAAGUAGGGUACAUGUCAGAGGAUGAAGAUGACACUGAUGGGGAAGGUUGGCGCCACUUGGAAUUGCCUUGGAGAGCGAACAAUGUGACGCAGUUCCUUAGGACUUUGGACAGUCGAAUUAAGGAUACGAAGAAAGAAUUUAUGAAAGAACGGACAAAGAGAACCAGUUCUGGGUUAUCUUUUAAGAAAGCGCCUAAAGAUGCUCCUACAUGGGCUGUGAAGCAAUCUCUGCGGACAGAAUUUAAUAAGUCAGCCAGUGCAUCUCGUGGGGGAACUGCGUUACGGACGCGAGGAGGGAGGGGUGUAAGAACGCGCGGAGGUGUGCGACGAUCUAUUUCGUACUCUGCAAAAGACGUACUUAGCUCUUUUACUGAUUAAUCUGUAUAUCUGCAAAUUAAAUGGCAAAAAAUUACUUUAGAAAAUGAUGUGUUUACAUGCAUGAAUUGAGGUUGCAACAGAAUAAUAUUUCGGGAUUUUUUGUAUACUAUUUUUGGUUUACUAGUAAGUAAUUUUUGAGUUAAGUGCAUGUUCAUCAUUAUAGCUUAAGAUUUGAUUUC